GCUUCGGCUGAUUAUUCUUUGAGUAGAUUCAUUAUAAACAAUGUGGCAGGAGUUUUGGGUUCUGGUCAUUUUUAUCAUAUCCUUGUUUCUAUUACACCAUUACGUUGCCCCAUUGCUCUUUCCCAUGGCAAUUCACCGGAUUGGUGUUAUCAAAAUCGACAAGAUUUCUGAUCAGCUUUUUCUCUACCAAAGUGGUAGUGUUCCAUCCAUAGUCUCGAACAAUGGAUUAAGACGGAAAGCAAAUGUGAGGCGUCGGAAACUACCAUAUGAAGCGGCACAAGUGUAAUUGAUAUCCCAAAUUCCUUUAAAGGGAAAUGCCUAAAAAGAAA